AUGUCUCCUGCCAUUGCCCAGGCCGGUGCUGCCUCCAAGGAUGUUAAGAAGGAGUCCGCGACUGCUCGACUUCUGGGUUCAGGAACCGCUGGAAUUGCGGAGCUCCUAGUUUUCCAUCCGGUUGAUACAACUGCAAAGCGAUUGAUGAGCAAUCAGACCCGGAUUACGUCAAUGGAAGGUAUGAAACAGGUUGUUUUCAAAGAAUAUGCCAACGCUCCCCUUGGGCGCAAGUUUACUUCGAUGUUCCCUGGUCUUGGUUAUGCUGCUGGCUACAAGGUUCUGCAACGAAUCUACAAAUACGGUGGUCAGCCAUUCGCAAGGGAUUACCUGGCAAAACAUCAUGGGGCCGACUUCGAUAAUGCUUUUGGAAAAGGAACCGGUAAGGCUAUCAUGCAUGCUACCGCCGGAAGUUUGAUCGGUAUUGGUGAAAUCGUCCUUCUUCCUUUGGAUGUCCUGAAGAUUAAGCGUCAGACGAAUCCCGAGGCCUUCCGUGGUCGCGGCCUUUUCAAGAUCAUUUCCGAUGAAGGCAUGGGACUUUACCGCGGUGCCGGCUGGACUGCUGCUCGUAAUGCACCUGGAUCUUUCGCGCUGUUUGGUGGUUCCGCCUUCGCCAAGGAAUACAUCUAUAACUUGCAGGACUAUAAUUCGGCUUCCUGGGCGCAGAACUUUGUGGCAUCCGUUUGUGGUGCCAGUGCCUCCCUGAUCGUGUCAGCUCCCCUGGAUGUGAUCAAGACUCGUAUCCAGAACCGCAAUUUCGAGAACCCUGAGUCUGGCUUCCGCAUUGUGUCGAACAUGGUGAAGAACGAGGGUCUCACCAGUUUCUUCAAAGGUCUCACACCUAAGCUGCUCAUGACCGGGCCCAAGCUUGUUUUCAGCUUCUGGCUGGCUCAGACGUUGAUUCCCGCGUUUGGCCAGGUCGUAUAA